CUCUCUCUCUCCAAAAUGGACCUCUUUGUCUCACUAUACACAAGUCUCCUCCUAAGCCUAGUGUGUUUGCCAAUUGGCAUGCCAUUUACUGUGAUAAUGUCCGAUUCGGGCGUGCCCUCGGCCCUAGUCGACACCCCACAAACGGGUUUUUCUAACAAAAACGGGGCGCGCACCGAUGCCAAAGAACAAGAGGCGGUCUACGACAUCAUGAAGGCGACGGGGAACUCGUGGGCCACCGACAUUCCGGAUGUCUGCCGUGGCCGUUGGCACGGAAUAGAGUGCAUGCCCGACAAGGACAACGUCUUCCAUAUCGUGUCGCUCUCCUUUGGGGCGCUAUCCGACGACACUGCAUUCCCCACAUGUGACCCCGCCCAGUCGUUCAUCUCGCCUUCCAUCACGAAACUCCCCCACCUUAGGACCUUGUUCUUCUACCGUUGUUUUAGUGACAAUCCUCAGCCAAUCCCGGCCUUCUUCGGCCGGCUAGGGCCCACACUCCAAACCCUGGUUCUCCGGGAGAACGGGCACAUAGGGCCCAUCCCUCACCAACUGGGCAAUCUGACCCGUUUAAAAGUCCUCGAUCUUCACGGGAACAAUCUCAACGGGUGGAUUCCGGUUUCACUAGGCCGGCUCACCGGUCUAAGGUCGUUAGAUUUGAGUGGCAAUAAGUUAACCGGUUCAGUUCCCGGCUUUUCCUUCCCUGUUUUAAACGUUCUAGACCUAAACCAAAAUCACCUUGUGGGUUCAAUCCCAUCUGCCAUUGGAAACUGCCAGUCUCUCAUAAAAAUAGACUUGAGCCGGAAUCGCUUCUCCGGUCCAAUUCCUGACUCCAUAUCCGGUCUAGAAAACCUUAUUCUUUUGGAUUUAAGCUAUAAUCUUCUUUCUGGCCCACUCCCAAUUUCUCUAAAUACCUUGAAUUCUCUCCAAGCUUUGGUCCUAAAAGGAAAUCCAAUGGAUUCUACAGUAAUUCCAAGUCAUGGGUUUGAUGGGUUUAAGGGUUUAAUGAUCUUAGACCUCUCCGAAAUGAAUUUGCACGGACCGAUACCCGAAUCACUAGGCCACUUAACCAACCUUCGUGUUCUUCAUCUUGAUGGGAACCACUUGAAUGGUUCGAUUCCGAGAACCUUUCGAGAUUUGAUAAAUCUUAGUGAGCUGAGACUAAAUAAUAACUGGUUGACCGGGCCAGUUCCGUUCAGGAGAGAGGUGGUGUGGAGGAUGCGAGGGAAACUGAGGCUUUACAACAACUCAGGACUGUGUUACGAUGCAAGAAAUGGCUUCGAAAACGGCUUGGAUUCGUUGGUUGAAUCGGGUAUUAGCUAUUGUGAGGCAGCGAAGCCGACGAUAACUGUGCAGCAUUUUUCCACUGUCAAUGGAGAGAUGGAAAGGUCAUCGAGUAAAUCAUCCGCCGCAGUUUAUAAUGGUUCAGUUGUUCGUGUGUUGAUUCAGUUAACAGCACUUUUGUUGUUUGUUUUGUACCUAUUUUGUUACCCCGGAAAUGCCGCAAUCACGGACCUCAGGACCUCAGAUAAGAUUAUGGCAUACAUUUCAUUUUCCCUUGUUGGCAUGCAAACGAAUAUGAUUCGAUGCCUGGUGCUUGAGGAACUGAUGUUCUCUAACAAUCCUCAUGUUUGGUUGCUUUUCCAUUCCAUUUGGGAGGAACAGAGCCUCGGAGCUCAGUUCGUUUGCAGUUCUACCAGACUCAUAGUUUUGCUUUCUCUUAAAUCCUAUGUUCGAAAUCUCACAGAGAGAGAGAGAGAGAAGGGCAUGGCGUUCGGAUCGAUGAUUUGUUGCGGAAAGGGUUUUGAUCGGAAAGAAAGGGGAAAGAAGCAACCAACAUGGAGGGUAUUUUCUUUGAAGGAAUUGCAUGCUGCUACAAACAAUUUUAAUUACGAUAACAAGCUCGGAGAAGGUGCAUUUGGUAGUGUUUAUUGGGGUCAGCUGUGGGAUGGAUCUCAGAUUGCGGUUAAGAGGUUGAAGGUUUGGAGCGACAAAGCGGAGAUGGAAUUUUCAGUUGAGGUUGAGAUACUUGCACGAGUGCGACACAAGAAUCUGCUAAGCUUACGUGGCUAUUGCGCAGAAGGACAAGAGCGUCUAAUUGUUUAUGACUACAUGCCUAACCUGAGCUUACUUUCUCAUCUUCAUGGCCACCACUCAGCUGAGUGCCUUCUUGACUGGAAUCGACGCAUGAACAUAGCUAUCGGAUCAGCUGAGGGAAUUGCUUAUCUUCACCACCAUGCAACCCCCCAUAUAAUCCACAGAGACAUUAAAGCAAGCAAUGUGCUACUUGACGCAGAUUUCAAAGCUCAAGUUGCAGAUUUUGGAUUUGCAAAGCUAAUACCAGACGGUGCAACCCAUGUAACAACUAGAGUGAAGGGUACCCUUGGCUACCUUGCCCCAGAAUAUGCUAUGCUAGGGAAAGCAUCAGAAAGCUGUGAUGUCUACAGCUUUGGCAUUCUUUUGCUAGAGCUCGCUACUGGCAAGAGACCCAUCGAGAAGCUCAGCUCUUCAAUGAAGUGCACAAUCACCAAUUGGGCUUUGCCCCUGGCGUGCGAGGGGAGGUUAAGUGAACUGGCAGACCCACGACUGAAUGGGAAGUAUGAAGAUGUAGAGUUGAAAAGAGUUGUAUUUGUUGCAUUGAUUUGUGCCCAUAGUAGGUCAGAGAAGAGACCCACCAUGCUUGAGGUGGUGGAGCUUUUGAAAGGAGACUCGAAAGAGAAGUUUGCAGUUAUAGAAAAUGAUGAGUUGUUCAAGAGUCUUCCCGCAAAUGAUAAUCAUGGGUCCGUGGCAGAUGAUGGGUCGGACUUCAUACGGGAGGAGAGAGAACCAAAGCAAGUGGUGAAAGAGUUGCAGGUGUGACCUCGCAAGUGAGGUAUCAGCUGAAUUUACGGAGAGUUGUGUUUCAGUUCGUAUAGAAAGUUGAUUGAAGUAAUUACUAGAUAUUUCUAUGUUUGGCAAGGUUCCGGGUUUUAAGCAGAGGACUGCCGACUACUGAAUUGAAAGCAUGGAUUGCAUGUCGUGGGAUUUGUGUGUUGAUGUUUCUUAUGUAUUGUUGUAUUCUUUUCCUCUUUUACGUACAUGAAUGAUCGAAACUAUUUUUAUCGUUUGCCAGUGGUAUCCAGAUCUCUUGAUUUA